GUGUAGACUGGCAGGUGAGAAACUCUGUUAUUGUUUAACCGACUGCUUUGCGGGAGAGAGACUGUGAGACCUUUCAAUUGCUCUUCUUUUGCAGUCAAAAUCAGAUUUUCAGGGUCUCCAAUUCCGAGUCCGCUGAUCUGUGAUGAGUUCUAUCUACUUUAAACCACUCAGAAUCGUUGGGUUUUAGAUGAAAAUCAUUCGAUGACCAAUGGCACCAUCUUUGUCAGCGAACGGAGAAACAGCCGUUUCGCUCUUGUAUACAGAUAAUUUUAUAGGAUUUCUUCUUGCUGUAGCCUCUAGUGCCUUCAUUGGAUCCAGCUUCAUUAUAAAGAAAAAGGGUCUGAAGCGGGCGGGGGCGUCGGGUCCUCGUGCUAGUGUUGGAGGGUACGGGUAUCUGUUAGAGCCGCUUUGGUGGGUUGGCAUGCUUACUAUGAUUGUUGGGGAGAUCGCGAAUUUUGUUGCUUACAUUUUUGCUCCUGCUGUUCUUGUUACACCACUGGGGGCAUUGAGUAUAAUUGUUAGUGCGGUUCUAGCACAUUUUCUGUUGGAUGAGAAAUUACAGAAAAUGGGAGUACUGGGGUGUAUUCUAUGCAUGGUGGGGUCUACAGUGAUCGUACUUCAUGCUCCUGAAGAAAGUACUCCAAAUUCGGUAUUAGAAAUUUGGGGUUUAGCAACCCAACCAGCAUUUCUUUUGUAUACAGCAUCGGCUAUAGCUGUGGUUCUGGUACUGAUGUUGCAUUUUGUGCCGCGAUAUGGGCAAACAAACAUUCUAGUGUACAUAGGCAUAUGUUCUAUAAUAGGAUCUUUGACGGUUAUGAGUAUAAAAGCGAUAGGUAUUGCAAUAAAACUCACAAUUGAGGGUACAAACCAGGCAGGGUAUUUCCAGACAUGGGUAUUCGCAAUGGUUGCAGUGACAUGCAUCAUCACUCAGUUAAAUUACCUGAACAUGUGAUUACAUCCUAUCUGACUAAGAGGAGGUGGUUCUGGUCUCAAUCCUUUUUUUCUGGGAGAAUGUCAUCAUGUUAAGAUAGCAAGGGAAUCCUGUCAGUCUGGGCUCUUAUGCAUCUCAGAUAUAUCCAUGGAUUGAUCAUCUUCUCAAAUUCCUUUCUAGCUGUGAGGUGACUAUGUGUUUAUCAUUGAGAUAUUGAAGGAUUUUGGAAUGACGUCCAACUGGUAAUCAGAGUGUGGCACAGUGAUUACAUCCUUCUUCGUCAAGAGCAGGCAAUUGCACUGUUAGUCCUUCUGGAGGAUAUCAAGUUAAGAUGAUGACCCCAAGCAUAUCUCACCAGUUUGGGCUUUUAUGCAUUUCAGAUACAUUCGUGGAUCAUCACCUUCACAUAUUUCAGCAAAGUGACUCGGCUUAUGUUGAGAUUUUGUCAUUGAUCUAGAGUUUGAGGCUUUUAGCAUCUAUGAGUUAUGAGCAUGCCAUUAUAAGGGGGGAUACAUAUAUAUGUAUAUUUUUUUUGAUAGGUACAUUAUGAUGGAGAAUCACAAGUUAUAAUAUGGUUCAUGUAAGGGAAAAGGGAGAUGCUCUUUUUUUCUCUUUUCUUUUUUGUAUUUUUUUUUUGGGCAGGGGGAAGGGGGUAACGUUUAGAAAAGCAAAAGUUGAGCACUUAAUUCCUGUUGGCUCCACCCAUGUGUUCAUGACUGAUGUGUUUUUCAGGACCUGGAGACGAAGAAGGUGAUUGGGACUGGCCGUGAGACGAAUGGGAUCUAUCUGCUCGGGGAGAGUUCUCGUCGGGAAGAGUCAGUGGAUAAGAAGUUACUUGUUUCUCAGGUUGUGAGUCCGGUUAUGCUUU